GCGCAGGACCAGUUCAUCCUUUCCUCGUAGUCGCAUCUCAGCUUGUUGGCUUCCCGAAUAUUACCCUUACGCAACCGAUUGGCGCCACGACAGCUUUUUGAACCCUUAUUUUUUUUAUUUGCCUUUAUUUUCUCUCUACUUGUCAACCAGACAAGACUUACGCUGCCGUUCCUUUUGUAAAGGUCGGUUUUUUUCCUUCCCCACACUUUGCUUAAUUCUUUACAAAAAUUCUUUGCCAAGCCGCCAAAGUGGAGAGUGUCGUCGCACCAGGGGGACCUUCUCGUUUCAGUGUGGGGGGAGGAGGUGGGGGUGCACCUCAGCACUAUCCCAAGUCUGUCUGCAACAGCGAGUUCCUGGGGAAGACCCCAGGUCCUGGCGUUCAGAGAUGGAUUCCUUCACGAAACACUAGACGAGAUGCCAAUUCCUCCAGCGAGAAAGGAGAACAUGAUGCAAUCUUCAGGAAAGUAAGAGGGAUACUUAAUAAGCUGACCCCUGAAAAGUUUGACAAACUUUGCCUGGAGCUCCUCAAUGUGGGUUUGGAUUCAAAAGUUGUCCUAAAAGGAGUUGUUUUGUUGAUUGUUGACAAGGCCCUUGAAGAGCCCAAAUACAGCCAACUUUAUGCUCAACUAUGUCUUCGCCUGGCAGAGGAUGCACCAAACUUUGAGGGCCCAUCAGCAGAAAGUCCAGGAAAUCACAAGCUUAAUACUACCUUUAGAAGGCUUCUGAUUUCUAAACUUCAAGAUGAAUUCGAAAACCGUGCCAAGAAUGUUGAUGUCUUUGACAAACAUGACAACCCGCUCACCUCCGAAGAGGAGGAGCAGCGCGCUAUUGCAAAGAUCAAGAUGCUGGGUAACAUCAAAUUCAUCGGGGAACUUGGCAAACUCAAUCUCAUCCACGAAUCCAUUCUCCACAAGUGCAUCAAAACACUUUUGGAGAAGAAGAAGAGAGUCCAACUUAAGGAUAUGGGUGAAGAUUUGGAAUGCCUCUGUCAAAUAAUGAAAACUGUGGGGCCCAAAAUUGAUCAUGUAAAGGCUAGGUCCCUGAUUGAUCAGUACUUCACACGCAUGCGAUCCUUAAUGAACAACAAGGAAUUGCCGUCAAGGAUUCGCUUCCUGCUGCAGAACAUGGUGGAGCUGCGGGAUAAUCACUGGGUUCCUCGCAAAGCUUAUGUGGACAACGGACCGAAGACCAUCAACCAAGUUCGCCAUGAUGCAGUAAAGGAUUUGGGUGUGUUCAUCCCACAAUCCGAUGGGAUGAGGAACGACUUCUUCCCAGACCAUAACUCCUUCCUGCCAACAAGGAGAUGUGAGCGGGAACCUCUUGGUGGGCUGGCUGACAUGUUUGGACAACUUCCAGGGAUUAGCAUUGGAACUGGUCCAGGAGUGAUUCAAGACCAUUACUCCCCCACCAUGAGUCGUCAUCGUGCGAGCCCGCUGUUCAAUGGCCAUAUGGGAAAUGGCAAUGCUUCACACCAGCCUCAGUUUGAACCAGGAGUCAAACAGUUCACAAAGCCAAAUCAGGGGCAGAAUUCACCAGUUUUCAGCCAUAAACAGAAUCACUCAGCGCAAGCACAGUCCAAGGAUAUGGCUCCAAGGUUCAGCAAGAAAGGAAAACUCAACGCUGAUGAGAUCAGUCUGAGGCCAGCUCAGUCCUUCAUCUUGAGUAAAAACCAAGUGCCAAAGCUGCAGCCACAGAUGACUUUUAUGCCUCAAUCAGGUUCUCCGAUUGGACAGCUCGGCCUCAAAAAUAACCCUCCUCCAAUCCAGGAAAAGCCAGCAAAGUCCAACAAAAAGGCUCCACCGACUAAAGAAGAGUUGCAAAAAAUGACGGACACACUGAUGACGGACUAUCUGAACGGCAAAAACAUCGACGAGGCUGUGAGCGCUGCGAAGGAGAUGAAAGCUCCCAAGUACUUUCUAUCUGAGAUGCUGAACAAGAUAAUCGUGUUCUCACUCGAGCGGUCAGAUGAAGAUAAGGAAAACGCCAGCAAACUGAUCCAUGCUCUGGCCACAGAGGGUCUCAUCAGUCGCGAUAAUCUCCUACCUGCCUUCCUGCAUAUUCUGGACCAGGGUCCUAAGAUCGAGGAAGAAAUCCCUCUGGUGAAAUCGUACCUGGCACAGUUUGCUGCUCGCGCUAUAAUUGCUGAGCUGGUCAGCGUCGACGACCUGGCUCACCAGCUGGAGAACGGCGCCCACUUCCCCUUCUUCCUGCUCUGCCUGCAGCAGAUGGUCAAGCUGAAGGACCGCGACUGGCUGGCCGAGCUGUUCCAGCAGAGCAAGGUCAACAUGCAGAAGAUGCUCCCUGAAAUCGACCAGAACAAGGACAGGAUGUUGGAGAUUCUGGAGGGCAAGGGUCUCGGCUUUUUGUUCCCACUGAUGAAACUGGAGAAGGAGCUGCUGAAGCAGAUCAAAGUGGACCCCUCACCACAGUCCAUCUACAAGUGGAUCAAAGACAACAUCUCUCCCAGACUUCACACCGAUAAAGGCUUCGUCAAUAUCCUCGUGACCAGCCUCCUGCAGUACAUUGCUUAUGAGAUCAACCCGGACGACGACGAGGAGCAGCUGGCAGCGCCCAGCAAGGAGCAGCUGGAUGAUGAGAAGCAGCUGCUGCUGUCUUUCAAGCCGGUCCUGCAGAAGUUCCUCCACGAUCACAUUAACCUGCAAGUCAGCGCGCUCUAUGCCCUGCAGGUCCACUGCAACACCAAGAGUUUCCCCAAAGGCAUGUUGCUGCGCUACUUUGUGAACCUUUAUGACAUGGAAAUAGUUGAAGAAGAAGCCUUCCUCUCAUGGAAAGAAGACAUCACAGAAGAGUUUCCUGGAAAGGGGAAAGCAUUAUUUCAGGUGAACCAAUGGCUGACCUGGCUGGAGACAGCUGAGGAGGAGGAGUCAGAGGAAGAAGAUUACUGAGGAAAAACUAACCCAAAGCCAUGUUUUCACACAGCAAUGCGUUCUAUGUAUUUUUAUCUUGUCCUUUUUUUUUUUUUUUUUUUUUUUUUUUUUAGUUGCAAUUGUUACAACUCCAUAGCAAAAUGUUUAGCCAAAUCAAACUGGCAUCAUCGUCUCACUGUACGUACGUCCUAGAGUUACUGUCCUUGUCCUGCAGCGACGUUUUGUGCAUUUCAAUCAUCUGAAGCUCAUUUCUAAGAGUAGACAGUGUUUAUAAGGAAAAUGUGUCGAUCGGCCUGCUUUGUUACCCUUUUACUUCUAGUAAGUUACAAGCACGACUUCCUUAAACUGUUUACAAAAAGAGCAAUGUUUUUCCUUUAUUGGUUAAAAUUCAGCUUAAGAUGCACUUUGCUUAACAUUUUGAGUUGUUGCAAUAGUCACAUGUAUUCUCCUUGAUUUGUUUUAAUCGGUUGGGUUAUUAUGGGCCUUUUUAAUUAGCUUAAAUUCUUCUCAAAGGUAAUCUUAAAUAAACAGUUAUGGUCAAGCUUACUUGCACAUUUAUGAUCUCGUUCACAUUAAGCUGAAUAAAUCAAGAUCUUUUUAAUGUAUGGAACGUUUUUUCUUUCCUAGAAUGAAUCGGUGUGGCCUUUUUUUUUCUUUUUAAUUUAUCAGUUCGUAUAGAUAUACCUCUAAAGUGUCUGACUAUACUUGAAUGUCCUGAUUUUGACAUUUGUACGGCUAGAGCGGAGUUAACCAUGCUGCAGCUGUUAACCACUUGUGGAAAAUUUUACAUCCGUUUGCAAUAUUUCUAAAGUCUUUUUAACCUGAAAUCCUGAAGAAUGUACUGUAUGUGUACACUUGCGCCUUUAAAUGUCACGAGUGCUAGAAGUUUAGUGUACAACUACAGCUCAAUCUUAAAUAAAGUUUGACUGUUUAA